GCAGUCGAGGGUUAGCGACACCGCGAACGACGUUGGGUUCCUCUCGGGACCAAGUGCAUGCGCUACUCCCUUGCUGCUAAGUACCUGAGCGGGCGCGGCGACCGGCGUGACCCGCAAAGCGGUAGCCGAUUAGCGUCCGUUCGCCAGCAGGAAGAGGGCUCCCGUCCCGGAGCCAAAGGCUCGGCUGCCGCGUCUCAAAGAGACAGCAGGGGCGACACGCCCGACCCGGGAGCUCUAGCUUCGCGCAAGCGUGAGGCAGGCAGCGUGCAGCAGGCUGCGCAGCAGCCCAGCGCAAAGCGCACACGCGUGCCAGAUCCCCCGCCGCACUACGCCGGCAAGCCCGACGAACUCGGGCGCACUUGUGAUCCCUCGCCCAAAGGGCAGGACAAGCAGGCGAAGCCCCCGGGUUGAGCACGUGAAGACAGCGGCCAGGCCCGCAGCUUGCGAGGCUUCGGUCCGCAACGCCUGAGCACGCGCGGCGGCGGCUACGAGAGCCGCGGCCGCACCAGCUACCAGCCCGCCGGCAGCCGCGAGCAGCAGCGUGAGCAGCUACGGUGGGAAGUGCGUAGCGGGAGGCGGGUGGCGGGAGUCACAGCAGACCACACCUGCCGGAGCAGGCAACAACUCUAGCACCGCUGCGGAUUCGACCGCCAGCACCGGCACCAGCUCAGCACCCACGUGCUGCGAUACUGGCGUGCUCAAGGCAGGCGGCGUUGACGCAAGUCCCAGCGAGUGCUACGCUCGUGAAGACAGCGGCCAGGUCCGCAGCCCGCAAGGCUUCGGUCCGCAACGCCCGAGCGCACGCGGCUGCGGCUACGAGAGCCGCGGCCGCACCAGCCACCAGCUGACCGGCAGUCGCGAGCAGCAACGUGAGCCGUUACGGUGGGAGGUGCGUGACGACAGGCGGGAGUCAGAGCAGGCGCUCGACCGUGUCAGGCACGUUGAGCGGGAGGUAGAGGACCAGCGUGAGCUCCGCCGGCAGGCGGAACGCAAAGCGUGCUGCUGCCGACGAGAAGGUCAAGCAGCUUGAGCUUGACCUGGCAUCGGUACGCAGUGAGCUCACGCGGCAGCAGGCUCGCAGCCAGGUCCUUGGGAAGUUGCCUUCUCGUGCACGUGCAAGAGCAGCAGCGUGCAGAGCGGGCGCGCAGUGCCAGCCUGUCGUCAACGCAGUCCAGUGAGGAGUCGGACGGCGGCAGUAGCAGUGUUCCCAGCGACGUGCAGGCGGCGACAGAGGGAGCAUACACGGACGACCUCAUCCCUCAGUGCGGCACCGCUGAAGAGGUCUUCCGUUACGUGGAGAGCCAGUCCUGCGGGUGGCUCCACCCCACGCAGGUCUACAGGCAGCCCUCCCGAAUCCUCCGCUUCCAGCCAAGGCGCAACGAGGACGAGGCCUUCUGGCGUCGAGUCGACUACCUGCUGGCAUUCAACGCAACCCGCUGACGGAUAAGCGCGACCUGCAUCCGUCGGCGCCGCGCACGGCUGCUCGAUCUCUAGACCCAGCGCGACACUGACCUCCUGCACCAGCGCGACCGUGGGCGCAGCGUCAAGAAGUCCGGCGGCGUCAAGCGCCGCUACCGAGGCGUCAAGCAGCAUCGCUAGCCGCCAAGCGGCGCACCCAAGCCCAACAGGCUGUUAGUGCUCAGGCAAAGCCUAGCGUAGGGUGCAGUUUGAGGCGUGAGAUCCAGGCGGCUGUUGAGGAGUGUUGCUUCGGCGGGUAGUGCCAGCACGGCCAAGCGCGGUCAAAGACCGCUAGCCAGACCUAGCUGCCAUACCAAGUCAACAUGCAUUACGACUGUUACAUUGAGCCGCCGACACCUGUGUGAGCGCUGCGGUCACUGCUGUCUCGAGCGUGCGCCGUCAAGACUUCACAACGGCGCGCGCAAGCUGUAAGAUCUGGCGAGU